AUGUACCAUGGUUAUAUUUACUUUACUAAUGGUCAUAGUACUGGUUUGAUACAGCUGAAGUUUUAAAAAGCAAAUCCAGUGACAUCCACAAAGUGUGAAUGAUUUGAUUUUUCAUCUCAAGGUAAGACUGAAACAGGUGACGCACCUCACUGGAUUCACCGGCAGAUCUUCCUCCUGGAGCUGACCUCUACAACAUUUUAAUAUCAGUAAGGAGAUUCUCCUUAUUGACAUCUUUUUAACAGGUGAGCAGCAGCCAUCACUGCAGGAGUUGCUUUUUUUUAGCAGUACCUGAAGGGUCCUACACUCAUUUGACCACGUGGAACUUUGACUUUGAGACAUGUCUUACAAUCAUCCAUAUCGAAACCCACCAGACGAUUUCAGCGCAAACAAUGACAAGUACAAAGACUCGCAACGAAUUCAUCCCCGGGAGUCUAACGCUUACAUGUCAAGAAUUAGGAACACAUCUCAAGAGCAGACAUCUCUAUCUUCAUCAGAAAUGUCGAUCUUCCCACCUGGUAAGGCUUUGUCCUUUCUACAUAGCUGUGGACUGGAUGCUGAAGACCUGAAAACUCUGGCCGAGCUUCCUGAGCAUCUCAUCACAGCCGAUGCUCUUCCUGACCUUCUUGCAGAGAUCAAAAAGAAGAAAAUGUCUAGCACUUCUUCAUCUAGGUCCAGUGCGCUCCAAGCCAGUACAUCAACUCGCUCCUGGGAUGAUAGGUGCCACACUCAGUCGGUUGAGUAUCCAUUAGAUUUGCCCGUGCGUCAGUCGUAUUCCCUUAAUCGAGAGCAGGUUCCAACCUGGGAUGACCGCUGGGGAGAUGUCCAACAAACAAGCUCUCAAACACCUUACACCAAUUCAGAGCCAAACUAUGUGGUUGAGUACAACCAUCUGAAAGACAAAAAGUCUUAUUUUGAUAAUGCGUCAUCUUAUGCCACAGAACCACCAAGGCAGAAAACGUCAGUUGUCUCGCAGUCUUACGCUAACUACAGCAGAGAUGUCGGUCAAUCCUCACAUCUGUCCAGUAGGGACAUCAGUCAAUCCUCACAUCGCUCUGGCAGAGACGUCAGCCAGUCCUCGCAUCUGUCCAGUAGAGACGUCAGUCAGUCCUCGCAUCUGUCAAGCAGGGACGUUGGUCUUCCGUCACUCCUGUCCAGCAGAGAUCUCAAUCAAUCCUCACAGCGCUCUAGCAGAGACAUCAGCCAGUCCUCACAUCUGUCCAGUAGAGACGUCAGUCAGUCCUCGCAUCUGUCAAGCAGGGACGUUGGUCUUCCGUCACUCCUGUCCAGCAGAGAUGUCGGGCCGCCCUCGGUUUUUUCCAGCCGAGGCAUCAGUUCACACUCACUCAUGCCCAGAAGAGACAUCGUUCCCCCUUCAAACCUGUCCAGCAGAGACAUCGGCCCACCUUCGUUCUUGCCCAGCAGAGACGUUGGUCUACCCUCGCUCCUGUCCAUGAGAGACCUUGCUCCACCGUCACGCCUGUCCAGCAGAGAUGCCAGUCAAUCUUCACAUCAACGGAAGAAACCGGUGAUUCAUAUAGUGCCUACAAGGAAGGAGGCGUCAGAUUUCCAUGGGAAAACUCCACCAGUGUUUCCCUAUGCAUGCGUACUCUGCGAAAUCACUGUCCUCUCUAACAAGGACUGGUCUGUGCAUGUAAAAGGACCCCAACAUGCUAAUAGUCAACUCAGUCUUGUGGAAACAUAUCCAGAGUGGGAUCAGACAAUCCAAUCUGCUCGAAGAAUUGAGUCCCGUUCCGAGAGUUCAAAGUCCAGAUCGACUCAGGAACGAGGUGGAACCUCAAGCAGUAGAAAUGAAUCGUCAGGCAGCAAAAGUGGAUCAUCGAGCAGUAAAAACCUGAAUAAAACCCAAGCCACAACAAAGUGCAAAGUGGUGUGUGUAAAGUUCGAAGUGGAUGAAGUGGACGAAGCUUACCUGAAAAAAUUGCUUGGCCAGUUUGGAGCGAUUGUCAAAAUUAUCAUGUUUCCUAAAUUGGCUUUUGUGGAGAUGGGAACAGCAGGCCAGGCAGAGGAUAUAGUAAAAUAUUUCUUACACAACCCCUUGUGGAUCAGAGGAGAAAUGAUACAAUUUUCUCUGUCUGCAGCAUUCAGUUUCCUACAGAGUUCUCUUGUUGUGAGCUUUUCACCAUUACCUUCUGGAGAGGGCAUAAGCUCUGAGUUGAUGGCCAUCGCUAAGCGUUUCGGAUCAGUAAAACAUUCGCUAUUUCUGCCAAGCCGGGGAUAUGUGGAGAUGGGCAAUGUGGAAGAGGCCAACAAAUUGGUGGAGUACUAUUCAACCAAUUCACUCAAAUUAAAAGGAAAAACCAUUAACGUUUGCUUCUCAGCUGAGUACCAGUCGCUUAGUGGUGUUGAGAAAGAAAAAUCACCAGUACCUUAUAGCAGCAGGAGGAGGAGGAAUAGCAGCCCAAAAAGGAGAUCCCGUAGUUCCCGAAGAGACUCUCCCAGCCCCAAAAGAAGAGCCUCUGAAGAGAGGUCCAGGUCUCGCAGGAGUCACGAGUCUAAGAAACGAGAAGAAAGUCGACGCUCUCGGGAGAAAACCAAGGAGAGCUCUAGACGGGACAGCUCAUCUAAAUCCCAUUCCAAAAGAAGCUCUCCUUCAAAAGACCAGAAACAGAAAACAACAACAGAAGAGAGUGUGGAGGAGAUGGUUGAACAAGGCAACGAUCAGUCUGACAUCAUGGGGGAUGAUAGUGAUCUUGAAGGAGUGGCAGUUAUAGCAGAUGACGGUGAAGAACUUAAUUCAGAAGAUGAGCUCACAGUAGAUGACGAGCUAGAUGAUGAGGAAUAUGAAAUCGCAGAUUCUCUGACAGAACAGGAUACACUUGAAGAUGUCCAAACUGUGAAAGAGUCAAAUGAUGAGACUAAACCUUCAGAUAUGGACACAUCGAACGUACAGUCUGAGACAUCAGAGUGUGUGCCAACUGCUACAACUUCAGAUAGAUCAAGUGAUUGUAAGGAAGCCCAGGAUCUUCAACAAGGAGAGCAAAAAGAGCAUCAACAAGGAGAGCAAAAAGCGCAUCAACAAGGAGAGCAAAAAGCGCAUCAACAAGGAGAGCAAAAAGCGCAUCAACAAGGAGAGCAAAAAGAGCUUCAACAAGGAGAGCAAAAAGAGCUUCAACAAGGAGAGCAAAAAGAGCUUCAACAAGGAGAGCAAAAAGAGCUUCAACAAGGAGAGCAAAAAGAGCUUCAACAAGGAGAGCAAAAAGAGCUUCAACAAGGAGAGCAAAAAGAGCUUCAACAAGGAGAGCAAAAAGCGCAUCAACAAGGAGAGCAAAAAGAGCUUCAACAAGGAGAGCAAAAAGAGCUUCAACAAGGAGAGCAAAAAGAGCUUCAACAAGGAGAGCAAAAAAAGCUUCAACAAGGAGAGCAAAAAGAGAUUAAACAAGGAGAGCUUCAACAAGAAGAGCAAGGAGAGCUUCAACAAGAAGAGCAAAAAGAGCUUCAACAAGGAGAGCAAAAAGAUGAAACAGUGGAAAUGGAAGAGAAGGCAACAGAUUUGACAGGAAAUCUAGAAAACUUGCCCACCCCAGAUGAGGAAGUGCUGACAGAACAAGGUGAUAAAAUGGAGAUUUCCGCUUUAAGCACUGAGGAAAAGUAUGGCAAAGUUCUUGAGGUGGCAGGUUUUCCAGUGGCUAAAAAAUACAGUAAAACCGAUUUGCUGAAAAUUGGGGGAAAAUACGGAGAUGUGGCAGACUGCUGUUUGGUUCGCUGCAAUCGAAAGGUGGAGAAGGCAUUAAUUGAGAUGGUGAAUGCUGCUGAUGCUGCAAAACUUGAAGUUGAGUCUAAAAGGCAACGCAUUAGACUAGGUGGCAAAAUAUUGAGGUUAACUGUGUCAAAGACGUACAGCCAAGUAAAUGAAGGGAAAAGUGUUGACUCUGACUCUGGGAGAGCGGAUGGUCAGGAACAUGUUGAGGAGCCCUCAUGCUUAUUGACGUCCAUUGAGGAGAGUACAGUAGUGAUGACUGAGACCUCUGAAGAAGCUGCUGAGACCAACACGGAUGCAAUCAUGCAAACGUCUAGUGAUGAAGAGGAAGAGUAUGGUAGAGUCCUCCGGAUCAGAAAUCUUCCAAUGUCUGACGAAUACAGUGAUGCAGAUUUUCUGAGCAUCGCAGAACCAUAUGGGAAUGUAAAGCGUCAUUGGAUGUUUCGCCUCCAUCGAACAGGAUUGAUUGAAAUGGAAAAUGCCCGUGAUGCUGAGAAGGUUGUAUCUGCGGCCAAUAUGAAUACAAUUACAGUUGCUGGAAAACAUCCCAAGGUUUCAGUGUCUACCAAACAUGCCCAUUUAAAUAAAAGGUACUUUCUACAUGGACCUAGUGAUGGUUCCAUACUAACAUCUACUGAGUUGGAGAAGGAGUUGUGGAGUGAUAAUCAGGAUGCCGACUCAAAGGAAGAGAAGAAGCAGGAUUCUGACGUUGAUGGUGGAAAUGAAAUCGAGGCUGAAAAUUCAGACAGUUUGUCAUUGGCACAAACACCCAAUAUGGAUCCAGUGGGGACAGAGUUUAUUCGACCUGUGGUGGGUUACUUCUGCAGCUUAUGUAAUGCCAUCUAUGCCAAUGAGGAAGAGGCCAAGGAUAACCACUGCAGGACCCCCUUGCAUCAUCAAAAGCUGAAGGAGCACAAGGAGCGAAACAGUUCAUCAUAAACCUUGACUAGAAUCAAGACAAUACAGAAAUCCUUCAUAGACAUUCAUAAUGAUAGCAUACUCUAGUUUAAGGAAUAGUUCACCCAAAAAAUUAAAAUUGUCAUCAUUUACUCACCCUUGAGUUGUUCCAAACCUGUAUGAGUUUUUUCUUCUGUUGAACUAAAAAGAUCUUUUGAAGAAUGUUGGUAACCAGACAGUUCACGGUAGCCAUUGAUUUCCACAGUAGGAGGGGAAAAAAUACUAUGUAAGUCAAUGGCUACCGUCAACUGUCUGGUUACCAACAUUCUUCAAAAGAUCUUCUUUUGUGUUUGAUAGAAGAAAAAAACUCAUACAUGUUUGGAAGGGUGAGUAAAUGACAAUUUUCAUUUUUGGCUGAACUAACCCUUUAAUUCACAUAAUAUAUUAUACGUGUUGUGAUUUAGCGUUCCAAUUCAAAUGCAAUUUUGUUUUAAUUU